CCACACUGCGGCCCGGGAGGCCGGCAGAGGGCAGGGAAGUGGAACCUUGGAUCCCCUCCGCCGGUUCGCACGGCAUGAAGAGAGGCCCCAGCGUCGGGGGCAGGCGUGACCCCCAAGCCUGCAUCUUCUCGGGCAGCACGACAGCUACAUCCUAUGGGGAAACAGGCCAGAUGUUGAUCUGCGCCGAGGCCCACCCAGCCGGGAGACGACAGAGCUGAAGGCUGUACUCAGCUCGAGACCCCGGCUCGAACCCGGGUGCGGUGUGCGGGGUACUAGGCGAGUCGGCCAAUCACAGGGUCCCCGCAAGAGGGCGGGGCCUGCCAAUUUGGGGGCGGAGCCAGCCGGUGAAGGGAGCCGCAAACGGUCUGGCGUUACUGGCAGGGGGCGCGGCGGGAUGCGCGCGGCGGGGUGGGCGUGGGAGCUGCGCUUGCGGCUACGUACCCCGUUCCCCGGCCGCCUCAGUUUCCCUUGCGCUGCGAGCUGAACACCCUGGGGCCCCGACCCCCGCCACUCCGGGCGGGCGAGGAGGUGGGCCCGACGGGGGCGUGACGGCGCGGGUGGGGCGUGGCCUUGUUGGCUCCGCCCACCAGCUCCCCUAGCUCGGCGCGGCAGGUCCCGCAGUGCUGCCGGCUUCGGGCGAUGGACGCCCCAGCCGCUCCAGGCCCGGGCAGGAAGGAGCUGAAGAUCGUGAUCGUGGGGGACGGCGGCUGCGGCAAGACGUCGCUGCUCAUGGUGUUCAGCCAGGGCGCCUUUCCCGAGCACUACGCGCCCUCGGUGUUUGAGAAGUACUCGACCAGCGUGACGGUCGGUAGCAAGGAGGUGACCCUGAACCUCUACGACACGGCCGGACAGGAGGACUAUGACCGCCUGCGGCCCCUGUCCUACCAGAACACCCACCUCGUGCUCAUAUGCUAUGACGUCAUGAACCCCACCAGCUAUGAGAACGUCCUCAUCAAGUGGUUCCCUGAGGUCACGCAUUUCUGCCGAGGGACCCCCAUGGUGCUCAUCGGCUGCAAGACUGACCUGCGGAAGGACAAGGAGCAGCUGCGGAAGCUGAGGGCGGCCCAGCUGGAGCCCAUCACCUACAAUCAGGGCCUGAGCGCCUGCCAGCAGAUCCGCGCCGCGCUCUACCUGGAGUGCUCCGCCAAGUUCCGGGAGAACGUGGAGGACGUGUUCCGCGAGGCGGCCAAGGUGGCGCUCAGCGCACUCAAGAAAGCGCAGCGGCAGAAACAGCGCCGGCUCUGCGUGCUGCUGUGACCCGUGGGCAGCCACAGCGGGGACGCAGGGGCGCGGGCCGGGGCUGGGGGCAUGGACCCGCUCAGGACUCGACUCACCCGCGGGCCCACGCUGGUGGCCACUGAGGUCCCUGUACCCAGCCAGCCCUUGUCCCUGGGCGCACCCCAACGCGGGGGUCCCCUGUGCACACCCAGCUCACGCGGAGAACUUGGCAGAUGCCAGGUACCUGCGUGGUCGCGACUUGGCACCGCCUUGCACCAGUGCCUGCGCCGCUGCUCUCCGGUGCCCGCCUCACUGCACCUCGGAGAUAGGCAGGCUGCAUCCUCCUGCCUCUUCCUCCCUCCCCCGGGAAACCAGGCCCUGUGGGGCCAGGGCCUAUCAGGAUGCAACAGGCAGCACCCCCGGAUGUGGGGCAGGCACCAGCCAAACCCCCCUCCUCCAUCCCACACAGAGGAGCUCGGCCUCAGCAGGGCCACUGUGUUCAGAGCUGGGCAUGUGGAGAGGAACAAUCUUGAAAUGCCGAGUGCCUGCCCUAGGCCACCCAUCUGACCCUGCUGCAGAUCUUCCGGGUCAGGGACCGGAUGGAAAGCCCAGGAGCGGAAAGCCAGGUAAAGGGUCCGGAGUCCCAGGGGCCCCGACAGCCCACUUCUAGCAGCCCGUCUCAUGCACAAGGAUAGCGUCUCAGACCAGCCCAAGACCAAGCCUGCCAGCGUCCAGAGAGCCUUCCCAAAGCUCUAGGGUCGGGGCCGUGAGACUGUGACGCCCUCUGCUGAGAGCUACUAGUUGUAGAACCACUAGGACCUGGCACUGCUGGAGAAGCAGCCAUGGAUUUGGGCUUGGUGGGCGACCUCCUGCCUCAGCCUCCCUCUGCCGGCCAGAUCAAGUCAGGCUGCCCCGGGGAAGACUGUGGAAGCCCCACCCCUGGGGAAGGACUUAAGCGUCUUGUUCUCAUAGAACCCAGGGUGUCACGCAUAAGUGUUGGCGUGGGGCAGAGGCCAGCAGACCACAGCCUGUGGGCCACACCUGGCCACUACCUAUUUUUGUAAAUAAAGUUUUAUUGGCACAUGGCCAUACCCGC